AUGAAGUCGCUCAUCCCCAUCGUCAUGUCCGGUAUCUUGGCCGUCUACGCCCUCGUCAUAUCCGUCCUCAUCGCUAGCGACAUCAAGCCGCCGCCGGACAAUACAUACUCGCUGUAUGCUGGAUUCAUGCAUAUGGCUGCCGGUCUGUCAGUCGGUUUAUCUGGCCUGGCUGCGGGCUACGCGAUUGGAAUCGUGGGAGACGCCGGUGUACGCUCUUUCAUGCGCCAGUCCAGGAUUUUCGUCGGCAUGGUCCUCAUCCUCAUUUUCGCCGAAGUUCUAGGUCUUUACGGACUCAUUGUCGCCCUCAUCCUCAACACCCGAGCAAGUGGCUGA